AUGGAAAUCGCGGGCACAAGUAGAAUUACAGAGUUACACGAACUCAAGGAGUUCCAAUUCCAGGAAUUCGAGAGUAUGAGAUUGUAUAAGGAAAGUAUGAAGAUGAUGCACGAUAAGCACAUUCUAGAUAGGAACUUCAAACCCGGAGAUCUGGUGUUGUUAUACAACUCGAGAUUGAGAUUAUUUCCGGGUAAGCUGAAAUCUGGAUGGUCAAGACCAUUUAGAGUUGUGCAAGUGUUCCCAAGUGGAGCUUUAGAAAUUGAGUCCGAAGAUGAGACUAACAGGUUUAAAGUGAAUGGGCAAAGGUUGAAACAAUGCCUUAGAAUGAUUGAAGAAAAAGGAGAGAAAGAAGUGAUGUACUUGAAAGAGCCCCAAUAUUAUGCUAGCAGAUUGUAUCACAGGUAUAGCACAAUCGGUGAUGCAGAUGUGGAGGACGCUGGUUACUGUGAUGUUGGCGACUCCGACUAUGAUACUUAG